CGGUGGGAAUCCAAACCUGCUUCUUUUGUCAAAUUCAACAAAGCAGAAAGAGUUUGGGCUGACGAAGUUUGUUUUCAAAACUCCCUUCCCGGAGUUCCCCGUGAAGUUGUUUCUGCCGGAAAACUAUCCUGUGCACAAGUAUCGUACUCGUAUAAAUGCAUUACGAAUUUCCCCAGCAUGAGAAAUAAAAUUUGUCAUGCGGAUUUACCUUAAGAAAAAAAUUUGUAAUGCAUGAAUGCAAUUACUACGAGUGCGAUAGUUUUGCACAGGAUAAAAGCACGGAACUGGUGAAGAAGGAAAAGUUUGCGGAUAGCGGAAAUCUUUUGAAACCAUACACGAAGUCCUACUCAACUGCUGUAUCUUCAACCACGGCGACGGCAGCAGAGGAUUUCAGCUUGGACACAACGAUUUCUGUCACUAACGCGAGGAGACACGCAACUUUAUCCUCCUUCCAGUGCCCCUCUCUGGUGAAUUUCUACGGCGGGGCGAGCAACAUCGCCAGACGGGAGGUUUUUGAGAAUGUGAACAGUUUAUCGGUCGAUAAUGUUCGAACCGCGGCGAAUUUCUACAACCCGUUCUUGUCUUUGAAGGAGAACGAGGAGAAGUUUUUAGCAAGAAGCAAGUACUUCCUGAUUUACGCGAAGUCGAAAUUCUUUCAGCAAUCCUCUCCCGCCGCGUUUCUCCAGAUGUCCGAGACGAUUUCGCAUUUCACGGAUAAGAAUGUGAAGGAAAACAAGAUUUCCGGGGAUUUAAGGCACGCCCAGCCGAUUUCAACUUAUCAGAAAUUGAUCGAGGAUGAAAAGCCGAGCAGUGGGUACAGUAGUUCCAGCCAGACGUUUGGAACUCUCGCAACCAGGGCUUAUCCGGUUGUAACAACUACUCAGAGCAAGAACCGCCUCUUAUCCUGUGAAAAAGUAUCGUACUCGUAUUGCAAUCAUGCAUUACAAAUCCCUUUUUUAAGAUCAAUCCGCAUUACAAAUUUUCUUUCUCAUGCUGCGAAAAUUUGUAAUGCAUUUAUACGAGUGCGAUACUUUUGCAGUUCAUUUUUCUAUGCUUUCGACAAGAAGGAGUGCGAAACGACGGCUUUGCGGAAGAAAGAUAUCAACUGUAGGUUAUCAAGAAGAAAAAUCCCCCCUCCCCAUAUCAAAACGGAAAUCUGUGAUGCAGAUUUGUGGCCACAAAUCAGCUUUGUCAUGCUAGAAGGGAAAAGAUGCGGACUGUAGUGCUGGCUGGCGUGGGAAAGCCUUGCGUCUUCAGCAUGACAGGAGGCGGCUGGAAGUGGGAAACAGCAUGACAAAUUGCCUGCAAACGAGGCCACGGCUGCGGCUCUUGGCCUUCUAGCAUUGCAAGUCGACCUCGACUGGUAUAACUCAAAAACAGUAUCACAAAUUUCCUUUUCGAUACGGGGAGGGCGGAUUUUUCCUUUUGAUAUAGGCUACGCAAAAUUCUCAACCAAGAACUGGAACGAAAACAAAUCGCGAACGGCAAUGCGAACCCAUUGAUCGUCGGGUAUUUGGUCUACAGCACGAAUAGCUCCACUUUUAUUCA